CAGUGCGACAACAGGAAAACGGCUCUUUUACUGUUUACUUACUAAGCGGAUAUCCGGUAAGAAAGUUGAUUCGCGGUGGCAUUCGGGAACAGAUCGAGUGUUUCUGGUGUUUUGAUAUCUGUAAGACUGCUGAAGAUGGCCAGCUUAUGGAUGGGAGAUCUUGAACCUUACAUGGAUGAAAAUUUCAUUUCAAGAGCAUUUGCCACAUUUGGGGAACUUGUUCAAAGUGUGAAAAUUAUCCGCAAUAAAUUGACUGGUGUCCCAGCCGGUUAUUGCUUUGUGGAAUUUCAGGAUCAGUCUACAGCAGAGAAAUGUCUGCAUAAAGUCAAUGGCAAACCUAUACCGGGUGCACCUUUGCCAAAACGAUUCAAAUUGAAUUAUGCAACAUACGGAAAACCACCUGAUAACAGUGCUGAUUACUCCCUGUUUGUUGGAGACCUCAGCCCUGAAGUUGAUGACGGAAUGCUGUAUGAAUUCUUUGUUAAACUCUACCCAUCCUGCAGAGGUGGAAAAGUAGUUAUGGAUCAACUGGGAAAUUCCAAAGGUUAUGGAUUUAUAAAAUUUUGUGAUGCAGCAGAGCAGAAACGGGCACUCACAGAAUGUCAGGGUGCUGUUGGACUUGGAACAAAGCCAUUAAGAAUAAGCUUAGCUAUACCAAAAGCGUCAAAAGUACAAGCAGCAGAUUACACACAGGACUACACAUAUAGUUACAGCCAGUAUUACCAGCAGUACCAGAACUACUAUGCACAGUGGGGUUAUGAUCAGAGCACAGGAACAUACAGCUACAGUUACCCACAGUAUGGAUACACGCCAUUGCAGGUAUAUGAAGAAGUUGGAGAUGAUGCGUUAGAAGAUCCAGUGCCUCAGUUGGAUGUGGAAGAAGCUAACAGGCAGUUUGUGGAACAGAGUGAAGAAUUUUAUGAUUCAUUAAUGUCCUGUCACUGGCAAUGUUUGGACUCUUGUACAUCAGAAAUUCCUGCAUCAUCGUAGGCUUGGAACAUAAUGGACAAAAACAGUACUGAAAGGAAUCAUGGACCUGAACUCUUAAGCACUAAUCAAGUAUCAUAUGAACUUGUUUUGAAAGUUCUGCGUACGUUUUCCAGUGAUGCAUUAUUCCAGCCUUUCUGCGUUGGUGAUGUCAACAUGUGUAAUUCAUUGGACUUGAACUGUGUUGAAGAGUUGACCUGCCUUAGCCUACAUUUAGGCAAUGCUAAGUUUUUAAUUAGAUAAGAAAAUAUCCCUUUAAAUGUCUUCUAAAUGUCAGUUUCAGUUGGUCCACGGAUGAGUCUGUCCAGCAACUUUAUGCAGCUCAGACAAGGCAAGUAAGAUACUACUUGUGACCGUCAGAGAGCUGUUGUUAACGUUUGUUGCACAUUUACCAGACUGUAUUGAAUUUGUAGGAGUGGAAAAAUGCAUAUAAUAUUUCAUAAUGCAUCACUUCUGUCACCUAAUGAAGCAGCAGCAUAAUUUUGAUAUUUUGUCUUUUUAGAAGUACUUUGUAAUAAUAUAUUGUCCUCUUAAGAUUUGUUGUCCUAUCAGAUAUUUCUGACACCACAUUUACAGUGGUGUGCCUCAUUAUUCAACAUAGUGCAUUGUGUUGAUAGGACCAUGAAUAUGAACAGAUAGUACUUAUCAGUUCCCUUUACGUACAUGAGGCAUCCUGUGAAGACCCAGUGAAUUGUUGUUAUUCAUGUAGUUUAGUGUUACUGGCUGAUAAUCAGCUACUUAUUUAUUGUAACAAUUGAGUGGUAUAGAUCCUUUUGCCCAUGAUUUGGAGCAUUUUGCUUGACAUUCCUGCAUUAGUAAACCACUGGGAUAAGAAGUACAGUGGCAUUGAAUUGGUCAGAUAAAAUUUGGAAUAUACCCAUGCGAAGAUAAUCUGCUUAGAUUCAGUGUGGCAAGAGCAGUUAAAAAUAUGAGUACCAUUGUAGAUUCUCACCAGUCUGAUUUCUGAAAGUUCCUUAAGAAUGUGGAAUGGUAUUUGUAUGUGUAUUUUUGAGACAAAACAGGUGAAGAAUUAACACAGGUGGCACUGCAUGUAAUGUUGUUUUGGAGAUUUGCCUCAUCUCUGUCUUGAAACCUUGCUGCAUUUUUAGUUGUCUGAAGUCAGUUUAUCUGGCUUGGUUGCUCCAUUUACCGUGUGUAUUCCCUCCCCUACACCUCCUAUUUAUGAUAGUUAUUUUUUAUUACUUCCAUUUGAAUGGUUGCAUUAGAGUUUGGAACUCUUCAAACAGGCAUUGAAUUACAUAGCUGCAGAAAAAAAUAGUUAUGAAGAAAUACAAGUUUGUUGUUGAACGUAA